GCCCGAAGCUCACCUGCCCUUUCCAGGAACUCCACCCGGUAGGCGCCGGAGCCCAGGCUUUGGAUCUCGCACUCCCCGCCGCCCGACUGCCGGCUCUGGAAGUAGCCCUGCAGCUUCCGACAAGUGGAUCAUCAUAUUUGGGGACAGCAGUCUAUGCUUGGAAAAACAAAACAGGGUACAAACAUUUGAAGACCCCAGGGUCCUAGAGGAUGGAGUUUUCUAAGGAUGCUGGAGCAGCAGCUUACAAUGAGAAAUCAGGUAGGAUCUCACUCACAGACUGGCUUCCGAAAGCCUUUACUCAUAUCUGUGCUCAGUGGAGAAAGGGGAGUGCAGAAGGAGACUGUCUUCCCUGCAAGUGUUCAGAGACUGACAUUCUUGGAGAAAACUGUAGUUGGCAAAUACCCAUUAAUCACAAUGACUUCAAAUUUUUACAAAAUAAUGAAAGUCUGCUGUGUGAAGUCCUCCGGAAUAAAUUUGGCUGUGUCUCUACCCUGGUCUCUCCAGCCCGGGAAAGUAACAGUGUGCCUCACCAAGUCUUCAGAAAAAGGCUGACAGCGGGACUAGAGCUAUCUGUCUGGAAGGAUGACCUCACCAGACAUGCUAUUGAUGUUGUGGUGAAUGCAGCCAAUGAAGAACUUAGACAUGGAGGAGGCCUGGCGCAGGCCCUGGUGAAAGCUGGCGGCCAACAAAUCCAAGAGGAGAGUGAUAUGUUUAUUUCCAAAUAUGGUAAAAUACCAACUGGUGAGGUUGCUAUCACAGGACCAGGGAAACUUCCCUGCAAGUUCAUUAUCCAUGCCGUUGGGCCUCGGUGGGAGGAGAGGGAUGCAGUGAGAUGUAAAGCUGAUCUGCAAAAAGCCAUAAGAAGUAUUCUGAAUUGUUUCACCUCUGACUAUUCAUCCCCUGAGACAGUAGCAAUUCCAGCCCUCAGCUCUGGGAUUUUCCGAUUCCCUCUGGAUUUGUGUACAAGGAUCAUUGUGGAAACUAUCAAGCUUUAUUUCCAAACGAGGCCACCGGCCAGUAAUUUAAGAGAAAUUCAUUUGGUAAGCAAUGAGGACCCCACUGUUGCUUCCUUUAAAACUGCUUCAGAAUACAUUCUAGGGAGUAACGAGCUGGGGUCCUCAGUGAGUCAGGGAGCCAUCCUUCCUUUCAAUACGAUGGUUGUGAACAGAGUGACUCUCCAGAUUGUCCAAGGACACAUUGAACUACAGCAGACAGAUGUAAUUGUUAAUUCUGUAUUUAAUUGGAAGUUUGAAAGUGGUCCUGUAUCGCGAUCAAUUCUACAACAAGCAGGACAAGAAAUAGAAGUGGAAUUUCUCAAAAAAAAGCAGCAGACAUCUCAAAAUUCCCAGUUAGUACUGGUCACAAAAGGAUUUAAAUUGGCCUGUCAGUAUGUAUUCCAUGUGUUGUGGUUUUCAACAUAUUACUCAGAUCAGAGAUUGAAAUGUGCAGUGAAGAAGUGUUUGGAAAAAUGCCUAGACCUACAUAUAACUUCCAUUUCCUUUCCUGCUCUUGGGACUGGAGGCAUUGGUAUUAACAACAAUAGAGUAGCACAGAUUAUGUUUGACGAAGUUUUAGAGUUUGCCAAACAUUAUCCUGAAAAACAACUGAGUAUAAACUUUGUGAUCUUUCCUACAGACUGGGACAUACACAAGGCUUUCAGCACUGCAAUGGAGAAGGUUAAGUCCAAGCACCAGCUUCCCAACAAUUACAGUGUCCCCCAGGAGAUCAGAGGGAACCCAGAAAAGGAGCUGAAAGCUAAAUCUCCUGCUGUCAAUCUGAUGGGAUUGAACCGGGAAAAAAUAUGUGAGGCCCAAGAAUGGAUCCAAAGAAUGCUGACCCUCCAGGAUAAGCACAUCAUUGAGAAUAAUCAUAUCCUCUUCCUUGGAAAAAAGGAACAUGACAUUUUGUCUCAGCUUCAGGAAAGAGUCUCUAUCUCAGAGAUUAUCAGUCCGGGAAAGGCAACUUUAGAGAUUCAAGGAGCCCAGGCUGACCUCAUUAAGGUAGUUAUGAACAUUGAACUAAUGCUGUGUGAAGUUCAAGAGGAAAUAGCAAAAAAAAAGGAGCGAGCCCUUUGUAGCUUGUCAGGACAAUGGACUGAUCAGCAACCAAUACACCAAGAUGAAAUGAAAGAAAAUAAGUUUCUGAAAUGUCUAAAGCUUUCAACUCCAGAAAUUCAGGAUCAAAAGAAAAAGUUUGAAAACUGUGGUUUUUGGGUUAUAAAGGUAGAGAAGAUAGACAACGUGCUUCUCAUGGCUGCCUUCCAAAGAAAGAAGAAAAUGAUGGAAGAGAGAAUGCCUGGGAAGCCUGUGAGCCACCGGUUGUUUCAGCAAGUCCCACAGCAAUUCUGCGAAGUGGCAUGCAGAGUUGGCUUCCAAAGAAUGUACUCCAUGCCCUGCGACCCAAAGUAUGGAGCUGGCAUAUAUUUCACCAAGAACCUCAGAAACUUACUAUAUCAGGCCAAGAAAACAUCAGCUUCAGAUAAGCUGACCUACGUGUUUGAGGCUGAAGUACUCACAGGCUCCUUCUCUCUGGGUGAUCAGACAAAUAUUGUUCCACCACCAUUGAUUCCUGGAGGCACAGAUAGACAUGACAGUGUAGUUGACAGUGUCUCCAGCCCAGAAACCUUUGUUAUUUUUAAUAGUGUGCAGGCUAUGCCCCAAUAUUUGUGGACUUGCAUCCAAGAGCCUGUAUGGUCACAGGAUUACUUAUCCAAACCAAUGAAGUCAUAUCCACAGUUGACUUGGAGGGAACACUCAAGUGGUAGCCCUGUUGAUUAAUCUCUAUAGAAUUUUAACAACUGGCAUGGCCUUGCUUUGAGAAACUAGUCAAUCGUGACCAUCAAUGACUCAAAGCGUGGUUUGAAUGUGUUAAGUGUGUUGUCUGUAUGGACUAGUUGAGUUAUUGAAGGGGCCAGUUGCAUACUACUAGCAUCUUAGUCUUUAUCUCCUGGGGCUGGGAUAGAUAUAUACCAUGAUCCCUUUCCUUCAAGUUGUUCUUUCACCUCCUUUACUAUAGGCAUCAGAAAAAUGUUUUGCAUGCAAUGAAGAGACUUUUCUAAGAUAUAAUCCAUUUUCUAAAGUGGUGAUAGUGUAACAUAUUAGGAAAGCAGGAUGAUUUUAUAUUUUCUAGAUAAUCUUAUACAGUGCUUUAGAUAACAAAAUAAAUCACCUUUGCUUUGAAAAAAUCACAUGUUAAGUGAAAUUAUUUGAAGUGGGAGGACAUUGAAAGGCUGAUAUUCUGCUGAUAACCUGUGUGGAUUCAGCCAUAUCAAGCAAUGCAACUCAAGUACCAGUAGGCCAAAUUAUUAAUUUACCAAAUAUUUUUGACUACCAGAUGUGUUUCAGUCACUUUAUGAGGCCUGGGGAUAUGGACAAGACAAAUGUCUUCAUACCGCUUUCAGCCUGGCUAAUUAGAAAGGCAGCUAUAGACAACUUAAUUAGUAUAAUUGGAAUGAGAAAUUACAAUUCUUUGGGAAAAUAUAAGAGGGAGAGGGACCAUGGGUUGGAAACUAAAGGAGAGACCUGAAAAUGUUGUAAGAGUCAGGUAAGUAAGGGAUGCAGCAGAUAGGGAGCAGAGUAGAAGAGUAUUUAUUCAGAGAGAAUCCUAUAUAAUAAAAGGCUAAUAUGCAAAUUGACCAAACGGCAGAACGGCCAGUCACUAUGAUGCACACUAACCACCAGGGACAGAUGUUCAAUGCAAGAGCUGCUCCAUGGUGCUCAGUGCACUUCCACAGGGGGAGUGCCACUCAGGCAGAAGUCUUGAGCCAGAAUCACAGCUGGCAAGUGUAGUGGCGACGGUGGGAACCUCUGCCACCUCUGUGGCAGUGCUAAGCGUGUCCAACUGAUGGCUUAGGCCUGCUCUUCAUGCCUAAGUUGUCAGUUGGACAUCCCUGAGGGGUCUCGGACUGUGAGAGGGUACAGGCAGGGCUAAGACACACCCCCACCAGACCCUGAGUACAUGAAUUUCAUGCCCCAUACCUCUAGGAGUUCUUAUAAAGGCUGAAUCCUCUGUGGCUGCCCAAAUUUAGCUUCAGUUCUGCAAUGUAGAGGCCAGCUAAUUUCGCCAUGCAACUCUUGCCUAUUCUGAAACCCAUAUUUCUCUAUACUUCCAAACUUUUCUGAUUCUCACAUCCUCAACUUCUUACAUGAACACAUUUCCUUCUCAUCUUAUUGUAGCCAGCAUUCAUUUCUCUUAAACGAAAAUGCUUAUUGUAUCACAUGGUACUGCCCUUGGAUAUGGACAAGAGGGCCCUACUAUGGCCUUCCUCAGCCGUGCCCACCUCCACAAAGCGAGGGAUCCACAGGGUCAUUGCAUAGCUCACUCCUAAACCACCUAAUAGGUACUUGGAACCCCCAAAUUUCCUGCCUAAACAGCUCCACCUCUACUUACAGGGCCUGAUUGGACAUCUUUCUCAGAUCUCUCCUCUAAAGGGUGGACAGUGUCACAGUCUGCAUUAAGGAUGGCCUCAGGGCCCUAGCUGACUUGGCUCAGUGUAUAGAGCAUCAGCCUAUGGACUGAAAGGUCCCCAGGUUCGAUUCUGGUCAAGGUCAAACUUAUUACUAACCCAAUAUUGAAUCUGCAGAGAUAGGGCUUGGACAUGAGGCUGAGAUAUUUAUAUGUCUAUGGAUUCGGCCUAUGGCACAGAUCUGAGGAUAAUAGGACAGCUUUGAAAUAACUAGUAUAUGUUUAAUAUGGGUUUCAGAAGAGAAUGGAGGAGAGGCAAUAUUCACAAGAAUAAGCACAAAAGAAAAUCCAUACCAAGAAACAGUGAAACUGCACACCUCCAAAGAAGUGAUCUUAAAAGACACUUGAGAGAACAGCCAAAUCAUCUACAAAGGAAUGACAAUUAGAUUGACAGUGCAUGUCUAUAGUAGGCAGAAUGAUGUCCUCCCCCUGCCCAUUGCAAAGAUAUCCACACUGUGAUCGGAAUCUGAAUGUGUUAUCUUACAUGGCAGAAGGAAUUUUGCACAUGUGAUUAAGGUUACCCUUCGGACGGGAAGAUUAGCCAGAUUAUUCAGAUGGGCCCAAUUUAAUCACAUA